AUCGUAGAAUCGUACGGCGUACGUGGAGGUAGAACGAACAGAAUUCCUACUGUUUGGGGACCAUUUGGUAGUUAUGCUGCUCAAAGUAAUGAUGUUGAAACUGGAAAUAAUGUAAUUUUACCAAAGGAACAAAAUAUAAGAGAGGAACAUAUUGAAAAUGCUGUUGUAUAUAAUUUUAAAACACCUGGACGGACUACUAGACUUACUAGAAACACUGAGGAUAUGAGUAAUAAAAAUAUACCGGACCAUACUUCAGGAUCUGGAUUACGAUGUUCCGUUAAAAACUGCUUUAACAGGCAUUCAAAGAAUCUUAGUCUCUUUGGCUAUCCUAAGGAUUUCACGCUCAUGCUUAUGGCAUAA